CGCAAAGCCAGUCCACCACCCUUCUCAAACAACUCGAAAGGCCGGUUUGGACCGACAGCCGAGAACCGCAAAGGCGCUUGGGAACUGUAUGCCAAAGUUAGCAGCGACGGUCAUGUGACCGACCGUGGCGUCGCGACCUGGCUAUCACGUGAUGCGGCAGCCAUGGCGGCCUUCAUGGAGCAGGUUGUGCAGAUGGACUUUCCCUGGAAUCGGCUGCGCGUCCUGGAGCUAAUCGACCUGUAUAAGACGGAGGACGUCCUGUGGAACAUCAGCAACCGGGACUACCACAACAAGGCGAUGAGACAAGCGGCGCUAGUGCGUCUGAGCGCCAAGAUCGCCGCGCCCGUGCACGAGGUGAAUAAGAAGCUGAUGAACCUGCGCACGUACUACAGUAAGGAGCUGGCCAAGGUGAAGCGCUCGCGCGUGCGUGCGCUGGCCGGCGGGGGGGAGCUGUACCGCUCACAGUGGCCCUACUUCCACCACAUGGACCACUUCCUCAGCCCCCACGUCGUGCCCCGCAAGUCCCACACGCAGGAGCUGAGGGAGGAGAACGGGGAGGUGGAGGUGGAGUUGGAGGCGGAGCAGUCCUUGAGCCCCAUAGUGAUUGGCGGUGCCCCGCCCACACCCCCUCCCCCUGGCCCCGCCCCCGGCCACGCCCCUGUCCUGCGGAGGAUCUCUUUCCCCGAGGUCCGGGUGGCACGGAGGCGGGCGGUGGAGACCCCGCCCCUCUGCAGCGGCGUGGGCGGAGCCAAGCGUCACCGCGACGACGUGUUCCUGCGGGAGGCCGUGCGGGCGUACAGGGGCGCCACGGCGACCGCCUGCCCCGCCCCCGCCCCCGCCCCUCCGCCCCCGCCCCCCGCGGCCCCGGACCCCGCCCCGCCGUCCCUCAGGGAGGACGUGGACGAUGUUUUCGGACGCCACGUGGCCAACGAGCUGCGCCUGGUGGGGGACCUGCGAGCCAAGCAGUACGCCAAGCUGCAGAUCCAGAACAUUCUCUUCCAGGCCCAGUUCGGCCACCCCGGCUCCUCCCCGUUCCCCUCCCCCGCCGCGGGGCCCCCGUCCCCCGACGGCCGGCCCCUGGACCCAGAGUUCCCCCCGGACCCCACCUUCCUCCACCUGCAGAUGCCCUCCUCCUCCUCCUCCUACCCGCUCACGGACAGAGGCACGCCCUGCCUGCACGUGCUGAAGAGCAGCCCCAGGUCUCUGGAUGCCUCGGAGUAACACCGGAGAGAGACAGCAGAGUGAGACAGCAGAGUGAGACAGCAGAGAGAGACACCAGAGAGAGACACCAGAGAGAGACAGCAGAGUGACCAGCAGAGUGAGACAGCAGAGAGAGACAGCAGAGAGAGACACCAGAGAGAGACACCAACCCAGAGGGGCUUAAAUCUGCUUAUGCAGACCCUGGACGGUUUGCGUUAACGCAGAGAGAAAAAAAGGCAAUUUAUCACGCAGUUGUCUUGAAAUUGAACGUUGAAAUGGUUGAAGGGAGGAUGGAUCUGAAACACCAAGGCUGUGUCCGAAAUCAAACACUACACACUACACACUACACUCUACACACUACAUACUACACACUAUACACUAUACACUAUACACUAUACACUAUACACUACACACUACACACUACAGAUGUAUACUAUCAUUUAGCGUGCAAUGCACAAUUCCAGAAUAGUGUCCACUGUUCUCACACUUUUUCACCGACUGUAGUGUGGCAUCCGGGUACAAGCUCAGCAGCGUGGCCCCAGGGGCUUAAAGUGCCGCAGUACCUCUGAUAACCACUGCGGUUCCCUGGGGAAUGUCACUCCCUGGUCCCCUGGAUACGCCACUCUCACUGAUUUCAGCAACAGCAGUACUAACGGCGCCCCCUUGUGGAGACUCUUCAGUCUGCUGGGAGAAGGAGAAGG